UUGAGCCAGUAGACAGCAUGCACGAGACAGAGACCCACCUCCUGGCGGGAGGGGUUGAUAGUGGGGAGGAGGAGACCGAGGACAGCAUCAUGUCUCCCAUCUCCGUAGGACCCCUGUCCCCGCACCCCAACAACCACCAUCCCAGCCACCAUCAUCACCACGAGAUCCCCUUCACGCCCAAGGAAGGCUCGCCCUACGAGGUGCCCGUCUACAUUCCCGGCCCCAGCGACCUGGAGCUCCGCGAGUCCUCGGUUCCCGGAGCGGGCCUGGGGAUAUGGGCCAAAACCCGGAUCGGGAUGGGAGAACACUUUGGACCUCACAGCGCACUGCAGAGCGCCACGGUCAAAGACAGCUCCUUCGGAUGGGAGGUGGUGGAUGAGAUGGGCAACGUCAAGUUCUGUCUGGACGAAGGCUCAGAUCCCGGUGGGAGCUGGCUCAAGUAUGUACGCACUGCCAUCUCCAAUGAGGAGCAGAACAUGGAGGCGUGUCACCUCAGCGGAGACCAGAUUGAUUAUAAAGCUAUUAGGGAUAUUGAAGUGGGGGAAGAGCUAUUGGUGUAUAUGAAGGAAGGAAUUUUCCCCGAGGGAUCGAUGGCACUAAACCUAGAAGACAAACAGAUGUACCGCUGUGAGGACUGUGACGAGCUGUUCACCUCGGCCCUGGAGCUGCAGCGGCACCAGAAGUGCUUUUGUUCCAGCGCCGGGUCCGUGUUCGACACUCUCAGCAACGAGGUCUUCAAGCAGGGCUGUGACCACAGCGACCACGAGUCUGUCCACGAGUGCAAGGACUGCGAGAAGAUCUUCCCCGACGAGUACAGUCUGGGCCAACACAUGAUUGUGCACACAGAGGAGCGAGAGUACAAGUGUGACCAGUGUCCCAAGGCCUUCAACUGGAAGUCCAACCUCAUCCGCCACCAGAUGUCCCACGACAGCGGCAAGCAGUUCGAGUGUCAAAACUGCGAUAAGGUGUUCACGGACCCCAGCAACCUGCAGCGCCACAUCCGCUCGCAGCACAUAGGGGCACGCACUCACACCUGCCCCGAAUGUGGCAAGACCUUCGCCACCUCCUCGGGCCUCAAGCAGCACAAGCACAUUCACAGUAGUGUCAAGCCCUUCAUCAACUUCCCUCACUCCCUCUACCCCUUCACCGAGCGGGCCGGUGCCCUCAAACCCGGCAUGUUCUUCAAGACUGAGCCCAAGUCGCCUUGUGUGCAACAUCCGCCACCCCACAAAAUGGCUGCCCCUCGCACUGAAGAGCCAUCGCCCUUUGACCUCACCACCAAGCCAAAGAAGACCAAACUAAAACUGCCGGCCCCCGCCAAGUUGACCCCACCCAGCGGUAGCAGCAACACCCCCCUCCUUCUCCCGGGUGAUGAGGAGCUGCCACUGGACCUUAGCAUCAGCAGCCACAGACGGGAUGUGCACAACGGGGUGGUGGCCCCUGAGCAGCCGUCCAGCCGCAAGAACCAAUGCAAGGAGGAGCACCCCGGCAGCCAUCCGCACCAACACACCCUGCACCCCCAGGGCCACCCCCUCCACCAGCCCCUGCUGUCACAGCACCAGCAGCCCCUGGCCCAGCCGCCCCAGCAGCAGCCCUCCCUGCAUUACACCAAGCCCUCGGCCUUCUUCAUGGACCCAAUAUACAGGGUGGAAAAGAGGAAGUUACUGGACCCUGUAGGAGCUUUGAAGGAGAAGUUCCUGAGGGCCAAUUCGCUUCUCUUCCAUCCACAGAUGUCAGCCAUGGAGAGCAUGACGGAGAAGCUGGAGAGCUUUGGCGCUCUCAAACUGGAUGCUUCGCCCAACUUGCUGCAGCACUCGGCCCACCCACUCUUCAACUUCCGCUCGCCGCCCUCCCUCUCUGACGCCAUCCUCCGCAAAGGCAAGGAGCGUUACACCUGCAGGUACUGUGGGAAGAUCUUCCCCAGGUCAGCUAAUCUUACCAGGCACUUACGGACACACACAGGGGAGCAGCCCUACAGGUGUAAAUACUGUGACCGCUCGUUCAGCAUCUCCUCCAACCUCCAGCGGCAUGUACGCAACAUCCACAACAAGGAGAAGCCCUUCAAGUGUCACCUGUGCAACCGCUGUUUCGGCCAGCAGACCAACUUGGACCGCCACCUAAAGAAGCACGAGCACGAGAACCUGCCCGGAAACAACAUUUCCUCUCCCAACUCCGAGCCAGAUCACCAUGCACUUUUAGAUGAGAAAGAGGACUCUUACAUCUCGGAAAUCCACAACUUCAUUUCCAACAGCGAGAUGAACCAGGCAUCCAGCUCCACAGACAAGAGGUAG